AUGGCAGUCAGCACUCUGAACAUGGCACCGUACUUCACUGGAUACCCUUUUCAAGGACAGGGGCGUGUGAAUCAACUCGGUGGCGUGUUUAUUAACGGGCGUCCGUUGCCAAAUCACAUUCGGCUGAAAAUCGUGGAAAUGGCUGCAGCCGGCGUUAGGCCAUGCGUGAUCUCCAGACAACUGAGAGUUUCGCAUGGCUGCGUGUCGAAAAUUUUGAACCGAUAUCAAGAAACUGGAUCGAUCAGGCCGGGGGUGAUCGGUGGUAGCAAACCGCGCGUCGCCACGCCGGAGGUUGAAGCGAAAAUCGAGGACAUGAAGAAGCAGAAUCCUGGUAUAUUCAGCUGGGAAAUUCGAGAGAAGCUGAUAAAGCAGGACGGUGUCUGCGAUAAGGCGUCAGCACCAUCGGUUUCCAGUAUUUCGAGACUUCUCCGUGGUCCGGCGAAUCAAACUCGGCCUGGUGAUGAUCCCCGCAGAAAUCAUUCCAUCGACGGAAUACUCGGUGGAAGUAGCGGAGAUGAUUCAGACACGGAAAGCGAACCAGGAAUCGCGUUGAAGAGGAAACAACGCAGAAGCAGGACUACGUUCACUGGUGAGCAACUCGAGCAGUUGGAAGCAGCUUUUCACCGAACUCAGUACCCAGAUGUUUAUACCAGAGAAGAAUUAGCGCAAAAAACGAACCUGACGGAAGCACGUGUCCAAGUGUGGUUCAGUAACAGGCGGGCUAGACUCCGCAAGCAGCUGAAUAGUCAACAGUUGAACGCCUUCAACACGAUGAAUUUACAAUCGUUUCAGUCUCAGCACUACGGCAGUGCUGAAACUUAUCAGAGCUACGGCCAAACAUCGGUAGCCGCAGCCGCAACAACCACCACUGGUUAUCCCCAACAUUAUAACUACAGCGAAAAUUACUACGCCGCGCAGCAACAAUGGCCGAGACCAACCGCAGAGAACUACGGAUUAUUCAACGCUUCUCAUUACAGCAGCAGCAACCUGGCAUCGAAUCUAACAUCGAACAAUCUGAACUUGAGUAGCCUGGGUGGCAGUGUCGGUUCCACCGCGUCGAAUAUGAGCGCGUGCAUGGCUCAGAGCGCGACUUCAGGAGUACCAACUCCUGCCGGGAUCAGCCACCAUGUUACGCCGCACAGUCCGAGCGAGGCCAAAAGCGGCUAUCCUUAUUUAGGUGGAAUAGAGUCACAGGUCUGUGGUCGAGUUCACUAA